AAUUUGAUUCUCCCCUCACACGGUCGAAUCAAUGACAAGCGGUUUUUCUUUCUCUCUCUCACCUAAAAGCCCCUUUGUGAACAGUGUUUGAUCAAUAACCAGACCAUUCUAAUCUCCCUUUCACUUUCUCUCUCUAAACACAAACGGUGCAUGGACACAACUAUCACUCAUCUUCCCCAAUGAGCAGCACUACUCUACCUUCAGUUCCACCACAAGAUGCAUGGACUCUCACUUCCCACAAACUCCUCCCCCGCUGGAUUCCCCUUUCCCUUUCUCACCAGUCAACGAUCCCGAUUUCGAUAUCGAGAGUUAACCAAGUUGAUGCUGCAAGAUUGGACAUUGAAAUGUCAGCCAUGUUGAAAGAACAGUUGGUUAAAGUGUUUACUUUGAUGAAGCCAGGAAUGUUAUUUCAGUAUGAAGCUGAGCUUGAUGCUUUCCUUGAGUUUCUUAUUUGGAGAUUCUCAAUUUGGGUGGAUAAACCAACUCCUGGCAUUGCUCUCAUGAAUUUGAGGUAUAGAGAUGAACGUGCAGUUGAAUCAAGGGGUAAAGUUAGAACUGGUCUGGAGGGACCUGGACUCACAGUUGCUCAGAAGCUUUGGUAUUGUAUUGCCACUGUUGGUGGUCAGUAUAUUUGGGCUCGCUUACAAACGUUCUCUGCAUUUCGUAGGUGGGGUGAUACGGAGCAGAGACCAUUGGCACGGCGUUUAUGGAUCUUGAUACAAAGACUAGAAGGGAUUUAUAGAGCUGCUUCAUUUGGAAACCUGUUGAUAUUUCUUUGCACAGGAAGAUAUCGAAAUCUUAUUGAAAGAGUCUUACGGGCUAGGCUUGUAUAUGGGAGCCCAAAUAUGAACCGGGCUGUUAGCUUUGAGUAUAUGAACCGACAAUUAGUUUGGAACGAAUUCUCGGAAAUGCUAUUGUUGCUUCUUCCUCUUCUUAAUUCAUCAUCAAUGAGAAAUCUCCUUCGGCCUUUUUCCAAGGAUAAAUCAUCAAGUUCGGCUGAGGAUAGCACUGCAUGUCCCAUUUGCCAGGCUACUCCAGUCAUUCCUUUUGUUGCUUUACCUUGUCAGCACAGAUAUUGUUACUACUGUCUGCGGACACGAUGCGCUGCUGCCUCAUCAUUUAGGUGUUCUAGGUGUAGUGAGCCAGUUGUUGCUAUGCAACGCCACGGUGGUGCCUCCACGGAGUAACUGUUACUCAGAGAGAAGGAAACAAAUAUUAGAGUUAGGGAGUAUUUGGUCUACUUAUAGAAUUACUAGUUUAUAGUGUAAAACACUACCAGAAAUUGUGGUGGUAUAUUUUUCUACUUUUUUAUUUGAAUUCUCCCUUAUUAUUUACAUUUAAUUGGAAACAGAAAAGGAAAGUAAAAAAUAUCAAAUUUCUUCAUAGCAUCACCUGCCCUAUUGAGUGGGACGUAUUCAUUCUCUUGUAAACAAUGUAUCUUUCAAUGAGUUAGAUUUUACCAUCUA